GAGGACGGAAGAAUUGGGGAUCUCCUCGAUGAUAUCAUUCUGACGCGGCUCCCCUUCGUUUUCCAUGCUGCACAGGUGACGGCGGCCGCCAUAUUGGCGGAGCCCUGUGGCUGCGGGGACAAGCCGCGGUUCCGUAAAGGGGGGGUGUGGGGGGAAUUGGGACUCGUGGUUCCUUUACUCAUCCACCCCCUUCUGGGUGACUUUUUCUGUCCUGCGAGGAGCAGGCGGGUCAUGCCUGGACCAAACCACCCGUGAAAAAAGGGGUGUUGUGGGGAUGCCGCAGCGGCUCAGACAGCUGGAGAAUCCGUGGCAGAAAAUGGAGGUGUAUAUGACCAGCAGCAGCGAGUUGAAUGGAAUGAAGAUGAUGGAUGAGCCAAUGGAUGAAGGGGAGCCUUUAUUACCUUACGACGAAGGAAAUGUCAAAGAAAUUCAAAUUACUCACCAUGUAAAGGAAGGUUGUGAGAAAGCGGAUCCAGCACAGUUUGAGUUACUGAAGGUUCUUGGGCAGGGAUCUUUUGGAAAAGUUUUCCUUGUAAGAAAAAUCAUUGGCCCUGAUGCUGGACAACUUUAUGCAAUGAAGGUGUUAAAAAAGGCCUCGUUAAAAGUAAGAGACCGAGUAAGGACAAAGAUGGAAAGAGAUAUCCUUGUGGAAGUAAACCAUCCGUUCAUUGUUAAGUUGCACUAUGCCUUUCAAACCGAAGGGAAGUUAUAUCUGAUUCUGGAUUUUCUCAGGGGAGGAGAUGUAUUCACGCGGUUAUCCAAAGAGGUUAUGUUUACAGAGGAAGAUGUGAAGUUUUACCUGGCAGAACUGGCUCUCGCUUUGAACCACCUUCACAGCUUGGGAAUCGUGUACAGAGAUCUGAAACCUGAAAACAUUUUGCUUGAUGAAGCAGGACAUAUCAAGUUAACAGACUUUGGCCUCAGUAAAGAAUCCGUGGAUCAUGAAAAAAAAGCCUAUUCGUUCUGUGGUACAGUAGAAUAUAUGGCCCCAGAAGUUGUAAACCGGCGAGGUCACACGCAAAGUGCUGACUGGUGGUCAUUUGGUGUUCUAAUGUUUGAGAUGCUCACUGGUACAUUGCCUUUCCAAGGCAAAGAUCGGAAUGAAACAAUGAAUAUGAUCCUGAAAUCAAAGCUUGGGAUGCCACAAUUUUUAAGUCCUGAAGCCCAAAGCCUCUUGCGGAUGUUGUUUAAAAGAAAUCCUUCAAAUAGAUUAGGUGCCGGCUUGGAUGGUGUGGAAGAAAUCAAGCGACAUCCAUUUUUUGCAACUAUUGAUUGGAAUAAGUUGUAUAGACGGGAAAUACAGCCCCCAUUUAAACCUGCAUCUGGAAAGCCAGAGGAUACUUUUUGCUUUGAUCCAGAGUUUACAGCAAAAACACCUAAAGAUUCUCCAGGAGUCCCACCCAGUGCUAAUGCCCAUCAGCUUUUUAAAGGCUUUAGCUUUGUUGCUACAUCUUCUGUUGAAGAACAUAAGAUUUCUUCUAUUGCAAAUGUCUUGCCAAUUGUACAGCAAUUUCAUGGAAGCAGAGCUCAAUUUACAGAUGUUUACGAUCUCAAAGAAGAUAUUGGUGUUGGGUCCUAUUCUGUAUGCAAACGCUGUGUCCACAGGGCAACAAAUAUGGAGUUUGCUGUUAAGAUCAUAGAUAAAAGUAAGCGAGACCCGUCUGAAGAGAUUGAAAUUCUCAUGCGUUAUGGACAGCAUCCAAACAUUAUAACAUUAAAAGAUGUGUACGACGACAAUGGCAGAUAUGUUUAUCUGGUUACUGAGCUGAUGAAAGGAGGAGAGUUGCUCGAUCGGAUACUCAGGCAGAAAUAUUUUUCAGAACGUGAAGCCAGUGCUGUGCUGUACACCAUCACCAAAACUGUAGACUACUUGCACUGUCAAGGAGUUGUUCACCGUGACCUUAAACCCAGCAACAUUCUCUACAUGGAUGACUCUAGCAAUGCAGACUCUAUACGAAUAUGUGAUUUUGGAUUUGCCAAGCAACUGCGGGGAGACAAUGGCCUGCUUUUGACACCAUGUUACACUGCCAAUUUUGUGGCGCCAGAGGUUCUAAUGAGGCAAGGAUAUGAUGCUGCAUGUGAUAUCUGGAGCCUAGGUGUCCUGCUGUAUACAAUGUUAGCAGGCUAUACACCUUUUGCCAAUGGACCCAAUGAUACCCCUGAGGAAAUCUUAUUGCGGAUAGGCAGUGGUAACUUCUCACUUAGUGGAGGGAACUGGGACCCUGUUUCAGAUGCUGCAAAGGACUUGUUAUCCCAUAUGCUUCAUGUUGAUCCUCAUCAGCGAUAUACAGCUGAGAAAGUAUUAAAACAUUCCUGGAUCGCAUGUAGAGAUCAGCUUCCGCAUUACCAACUAAACAGACAAGAUGCACCACAUCUCGUAAAGGGAGCAAUGGCUGCAACGUAUUCUGCUCUGAAUCAAAAGACAUUACAACCCAUUCUAGAACCUGUUGCAGCCUCCAACCUAGCACAGCGUCGCAGUUUGAAAAAGAGAACGUCAACGGACUUGUAGCUCAUUUUCAAGCUUCAUUGCCAAAUUGAAGCUUGGGAGAUGUAUGCCCAGCCUGUGGUUGAAAGGCAGUUAAAAUCUGUAUUACUUGAAUAUUCUGUAUAUGUCUCUUAUGGAAGACACAUUUUUGUUUUGAUUCAUUCUGUGCUUUUUCUAAAGCUGGUGUCUGUGAUUUUAAUUUAAAUAUCAGGGUACAUACAGCAGAACUGCAACAUUUCUCUGACCCCGAUUAAACUAGAGAGAUGUUGCUUUUCUGACUUUUUUUUAAUUUUUUUGACAGAGGUUAAACAAUAAGCUGGUUUUAAUUCGUCCUUCACUACACAGAUACCUGUUCUCAUACCAGAAAAAUACUGGGUGGGUGCAGCAGAACUUGGCCCAUGUUUUCCGGAAACCAAAUUCCUCAUCCCCCACUCUGGAUAAGAAUUUCGAGCUUUCCCUGCAGAAAAGGAAAAGGUUUUGGCUUCACUAUAAUGUUGAACUAAGACCUUGUGUUUCAUGUAGAAAAUGGUUAAAGGCCCUGUUGUUUAGUGUUUCUAAUACUAAUCUGUACAUCUCAUGGAUUCCGGGGGCCUAAUCCCAUAUAUUGAUUUUAUUUUUCAUCUAGUUCCUGCAAUAAUGGGAGCUGUAAAAGCAUGAUUAUAAUAUCUCUGCUUUAUGGAAACAUUUGCUAUGGAGUUGCAGUAGUUUAAAUGGUCCAUGGGUUGAACUGUACAUAAAUAUGUUGUGUUAUGUUUGUACUUAUUGUACUAAUGACUCGAUUUGUUUUUGUUUCUUCUAAUAUAUAUAUUUUUUGUUAUGUUGAAGGUACCAUUCAUUGCUUUAUACCAAGUAGGUUAAAUUAUAUUUUUGUAGAACUAAAUAUUAUCGAAAACCAAAAUAAAAAUCAAGAACCUGGCUUGAAAAUGUAAAAUGUUAGCUACUUAUAUCUGUCUGUUACAUGAAGAAAAAGGUCAGGACAGUGACGGAAGUGUUGAGACAAUUAUACAGUAUAGCGGCUGACUAAGUUAAAACACCACACAGUGUCUCGACACUAGUUAACAAGCUUUUGUCAUUGUCAUUCUGUCGCUGUAAGUAGCCAUGUCGGUUUAUCAAUGGUGUUUUUGGGCUUCAGAGGGUCACCUAGGAUUGUCGUUUACAUCGAAAGCAGCAUCUGCUGCUUAAAACUUCAGGCUUUAACUCCGCUAGCUGAUUAUUUUCUACUGCAUGUUUCUCCUGUUGAUGUGCCCCAUUUUUAAAAUAUAAGUAUUAACCUAAA